AUGAAGGAGAAGGAAGAGAGGCUAGCUCAGGAGAGGUCCAUGAAGCAAGCCUGUCGUUUUCGGUUGAUCGCUGACAAGGGCAUCAGUGUUGCUUCCAUACAAUCUGUCCUUUCUGACUAUCUGCGGUAUAAGAAGACCAAUGAUCUUUGGUGUUUGGUGGCACCUCCUGCCACUGGACCUCAGACUUUUGGCUGGCACACGUAUCCUUCAGCUGAUUGGCUUUGCAAAACUGCUUCGCUUCUAUAUGACCUAGUUGGCUUGGCUCCCAACACUAAGUUGCAAAGUACCAAGCUGGUCAAGUGCCUGAGGGCCAUGUAUGACCACAAGGAGUUGCAUGUUGACAUCAAGAAGGGCACCACUAUUGAUGACAGCUUCGAUAAGCUUGACCUCACCAUCAGGGUGCUGCUGAACAUGAUCCGAACUUUGAAGUGCAAUGAGUUUCAGCGGUUGAAGGUCCAGAGGAGUUUGACAAGGCAGGACUGGUCAAAACUCGAGUUCGUGUUGGAUCGUGUGCAGCUGCCUGCUGAACUCAUGGCAGCAUCUUCUCAGGAUGAGAUUGAAGAAGAAGAUGUUUCAAGGCUCAGGACAGUUUCUGUUCUGAAUGAGCUUCCAGCUGCUUCUGACAGUGCAAGUGCUGAUGUCUCAAGCUUUGCUUUGGUGCCUUGUCCGGUCAAGUCUCAGCAGAAGCAGAUGGGAGCGGCUCAUGGGUCUUUGAAGCCUUUGCCAUCUGUUUUCCAGAAGCAUUUUGCUGCUUCAGAGAUUUCCCACGAGGAAAAACCUGUUCCUGUGGAAUGCUCCAAGGUUACUUCUGCCAGCAGCAAGAAGACGAAGCUGAUGGAGAAGAUCUUGAACUUGACCAACCCAGUCUUGGAUGAGUUGAAGAGCACAUACCAACGGCAUGAAUCCAAAGAGGGCCACAAAGCCCUGACAAAGACUUUGUUUUGUGGCAAAUUCAACUUGAGCGAAGAUUCCUUUCAAGCUGGCUUGGCUGCUGGUGAAUUCCAUGAAGUCAUUGGCAAGGACGGCACACUGCGAUACAGUUGGGAGGUGCUAGAGCACACAGUCGCAAAGGGCAGAGAUUCCAAAGUGACCCUCAAGAGUGAGACCUACUUAAGCAAAAAGGAUGCAGCUUUCGAAAAGACACGUCUUGAUGGUCCAUUCAUUGGCCUUUUUCAGAAGAAUCAGGGACAGCUCGCCAUUGCAAGCCCAGCUGGGCAGCUUGCUUUGUGCGACAAAGAGAUUGAGUUGACACCUGAGCUUUGGACUCAGGCCCAAUCCCAGCUCAGUGCAGCCACGAAGUUUUGGGAGAACAACCUGAAGGAGGCCAAAAAGUUGCUCCAGCAGGUAGGUGUGGACAACCGCGACGACGAUCUUUACCAAGAGAAAGACAUCACUCAAAAAAUCCAGAAGGAGAAGGCCAUAUUGGAUCACAUUUGGCAGUGGAAAGAGACUCCAGAGAACAGUGGAAAGCCCCUGACUGUGAAGAACUACGAUGACUGCAUGCUUGCUUCUGGCAAGGCUGGUGAGGCUCUUGAGCUUCGCUUGGCAGGUGCCAAAGGCCAGGCCAAUGCCAUUGCAGCUCGCCAGCGCAAAGCCAUGGAAGGUUGA